GGAGUAGCGUCUGACGUCUACUGUGUAGUCAGCUGCAACCUCAUAGUGUUAUGUAAAUUUGUGUGUGACAUUCUUCAGGUAAUUUAUAAGCGUUUAUAAACAGCAAGCAGGAAUAAGUGAAGAAAUGUGUUUCACUGUAGAACUGAAGCCAUGGACCAGGAGCCAACUAUGUGGAUAAAAAAAGAGGGAACGGAUGAAGUACAAACUGAGUUAUGCUUCAUGGCCCAAGUUUACCCAUGCAGCAUGAAUGUAAAAGAAGAGUUGGAGAAGGGCGUGAAUAAAAAGUCUGUUGAACAUCCAUUGGGAAUAUCUUGGCCCAAUGAUUUUAUCAAGGAGGAUCCUGAAUUAAAUAUAACUGAGAAUACUUCUGUUAAAAAUCCAUUGGGAAUAUCUUGGUCCACUGAUUUUAUCAAGGAGGAUCCUGAAUUUAAUUUGGAAAUGAAUAUAACUGGGAAUAUUUCUGGGCUGGUGAACAGUUUCUGUUAAGCCUGCGCAAGUUUUGACAGUAGUUGAACUGAAGUCUCUGGGCAGCCAACCAGUUGUGCGACUUAAGUUCUCUAAAAUUGUAUGGACGAUAUGAUUUUGAGCAAAAUUUGAGGAUUUUCACAUUUUCUCAUUGUUGUAUGUUUUGUGACUG